GAGGACGUGGGGGAGGGGAUGUGGCGUUGGCGGCGGGGGAUGAGCAGGAUGAAAAGGGGGCGGGGGGGACUCUGCGGGUCACAGGGUGUCUUUGGGGCAGCUGGAGCAAAGCAGAGCCGUCCCUGGGCGGGAGGGCUGCGGAGUUGGGUCUGGUCUGUGUCCUCCCCGUGUCCCUCAGGCCGAGAGGCAGUGAUGGGGGACACUGGGAUGACCCUGUCCCUUCCCAUUUGGCCCCCCCAGGCCGAGGCGUGGCUCGAGGCUGAGUCGCGCCGCCGGGGCUGGGCCCGAGCUGCGGCCCCCGGGGCUCACCGGGCACGGGAGGGGCUCGUGGGGGUCCUGAGCGAGGGCUCGGCCGCCGUCAUGGUGGAGGUGAGUGACGGGGUUUGGGGAGAUCCCAGUUUCCCCGGGGGGGUCUCCAUGUCCCCAGGGUCACUGUGUUCCCCACAGGUGAAUUGCGAGACGGAUUUCGUGGCACGGACCCCUGACUUCCAGCAACUUGUGGAGAUGGCAGCCAAAGGGGUUCUGGGGCACUGCCAGGGGGCCUCAGGCACCAAGCACCUGCUGCGAGAAGAUGAACUGGCCCAGCUGCGUGCAGGGGAUGGGGGGGACCUGUUGAGUGACCACUUGGCACUGGCUAUGGGCCGCCUGGGUGAGCGCCUGGCCCUGCGCCGGGCUGGCUGGCUCCGGGCCCCCGGUGGCUUCGUGGCCACCUACGCUCAUGGCUGGGUGCCCCCAGGGCCCCCCGUGGCCAUGGGCACCUAUGGGGCCCUGGUGGCCUGUGGGGGGCCAGGCCCGGGGCCCCUCCCACCCGAGCUGCAGGAGUUGGGGCGCAGGGUGGCCCAGCACGUGGUGGGAAUGGCUCCCACUGCCCUGGGGACCCCCGAGGAUGAGCUGGGGGGUGACACAGAGACACGGCUGCUGGCACAGGGGUCCCUCCUGGAGCCGGGGGUCCCCCUGGGCCGGUACCUGCGGGAGCGAGGGGGCCUCCAGGUCUGGGACUUCCUGCGCUUCCAGUGCGGGGAGGAGGUCCCCGAGGAGUCCCCCCUGGAGCCCUCGGCCCCCCCAGCCUGAAGGACAUGGCUCAGGGGGUUCAGCCCCUUGCUGUGCCCCCUGGGGACACUCACACACACACCGCACCCCACCUCCCACGCCAGGCUGGGGGCAGUGCAAGCCUCUCCCACAGUUUGGGGGGAUGAGGCUGAAUAAAGAUGCAGAAGAACCA